UUACAGUACGAUCAAGGUUUCGAAUGAUACGCGUACGCAGCAGCCAGCACAAGCUUUUGUGUCGUACACCUGUCUCAGAUCGUCGCAAACUUUGAGAGGGAAAAGAAGGAUACCAUCUCGAAUCCAUUCGGUAUUGUUAUAAAGUUAUAAAAAUUACAAAACACGAGUGUUCGCGAAAUCCUUACCGCCGCGUCAAUUGGCUCAAUAAAACGUGCGAUGAACAAGUUUUGUUUGUAUCUUUUGUUACAAUUAUGCGUGCUGACCGCGUCUCAGAAGACGGCUUUAGACACACCGAUAAACUUAUACUUCUAUCGUCAAAUUCGUAAUUGGUUUUUCGAAAAUAUCGGUGUAAGAAAUGAGGGACGAUCAGCACGAAAUCAAAGAAAAUUUCAAAAGCAAGUUCCAACAGACGUUCCAUUUCCUUGUAACGUUACAGAUGGUAGAUCUUCCAAAGUUCCCGACUCAGUUCAUCAUCUGAGACCAGGGGACAUAGAUGUUAUUGCCGCGAUGGGCGAUUCUUUAACAGCCGGAGCUGGAAUUUUUGCAACUAAUUUAUUGGAGCUACCCAUUGAGAAUAGAGGUGCAUCAGCGAGUAUUGGUGGUCAAGGAACUUGGCGUACAUAUUUGACGCUUCCCAAUAUUUUCAAAGAAUUCAAUCCCAAAUUAAUAGGCUACGCACUUGGAGAUUCUUUGACUACUCAACCAGCUUCGCAGUUAGACGUAGCUGAAACUGGCGCAAUGUCCAGAGAUAUGCCAUUUAUGGCCAAACAUCUAAUCAAUAAAAUAAGAAAUGACCCGAGGAUAAAUAUGAAGAAACAUUGGAAGUUGAUUUUCUUGUUCAUUGGACACAAUGAUUUUUGUGCCGAUAUAUGUGCACUGCCUUCUCCAUGGUCUGUUUUGGAUAACCACAAAACUGAUCUAAUUAAUACUCUUAGGAUAUUAAGAGACAAUAUACCCAGAACUUUCGUCGCUAUUCAGGUAAUACCUCACUUAAAGGAACUCGUUGCUACGCGUGAAGGAAGAAACUCUUUGAAAUGCUAUAUAAUGACUACCAUUGAAUGCUCAUGUUUAUUCGCUUUGCAAUUCAGAGAUCGAAGAGAGGAGUAUUAUGAAAUAAUAAAGAGGUGGCAACAAUUAGAAGAAGAAGUGGUUAAUUAUUUAGAAUUUCAUAGAAAUGACUUCACUGUAGUGAGCUUACCAACUCUGAAACACGCAAAGGUACCAAUUGCCAAGGAUGGAUUUGCUGAUUUGUCAUAUCUCUCAGCUGAUUGUUUUCACCUAAGUCAAAAAUCUAAUGCACUAUUGGCAAAUAAUCUAUGGAACAAUUUGCUAGAACCAGUUGGUAACAAGUCUUCCACUUGGACUCCACUAUACGAAAGAUUCUUGUGCCCCACCUCGGAAAGACCGUUUUUGAUGACACGUGAAAAUUCACAUAAUUUUUCCUACAUUAAAGACACGCCUCUAGUUUGAUAUUAUACAAUAGAAAUAGUAACCAUUGAAAUUUGGUAUAGUAGACACAAAGUGCCAUUUUAGUCCGCAUUUAAAUUUUUCUAAUAUAGUAAAUAUUUAUUUAUAAUUAUUAACAAAGCUAUUUUUCUAGAUAUCUCUGUUAUUGCAUGUGAUCUCAUCACGAACUUUAUUUAUUUCACAGCUGCACUUACUACUUUAUAUGUCAUAUUAAUUUUCAUUAGCGUUCUAAUUUUUUAUUUUUUAAACACUUUGAUAUACACAAUAUAUGCUUUGAUAUACGCAGAAAAAAGAGUGUAAAUGUCGAUGAAUUUUUAAAUUUCAAACGAAGGAUGAUUUUAAUAUUAUUUCCGAGAUACUCAAUGUGUGUUUGGGAUUUUGGAUGGUCCUCAGUUUACAGUACGGACGGCACAUUUGCUAUUUUUUGGGAAGUUGGACUUUUCCACACUAUCUAUUGUAAGGUUUACAAUUCGGACCGCGUCGAGAGAAUAAUUGACAUCCUAAGCACUUGACGGAUCCUCUCAACAGCAAAUCUCGUGACAUAAACCUCGAUACCAGAUGAAACUCGACAAUAGACCAAGGAUGAUGGCAUCAACUGGACGUUACGCAAUGCUCACGACAAUUCGACAGUUACAGGAUUGGGCAGAAACGCGUUCCCACUUCAUAGGAAAUGUUGACUAAAACACACCCCCUAGACUGACAGUUAGCCCUUAACGCUCCAAAUGUGCCUCUCAAGCACUGUAGACAAAGCAUCAACACAUUGUUUCCUGAGAAAAUCGUUGAAGUGGUGGCGGAAAUUGUUCUUUUGGGAAUUAGAAACAAGCGUAAUAAAUGCUUAUAUACUUUACAAGAUUUCUCAGGAAAGGAAAGGAGAAAGUAUGAUGUGAAUAAGUUGGAGUUGCCGGUCGAUAUUCACAAUUAAAAGUCGGAGCGUUAAGAGUUAGAAUAUAAGCACCAGGCGCUUCAAGAGACAACAGAUUUAUCACACACACGCCUACGUUUAAACUCUGUUAUUUACAAUUCAUAUUCUCCCGUUUAUGCUAAAUAGUUCAAACAAACCUACUAAACACAAGCUUACUUACUAAGAAACUUACUAAGAAAUUUAUUAAGAAACAAACUGAUCUCACACAGAAACGUAAGUCGCACACUUGUUUUUUGAGUCACCUUUAUAAAUCUCCCUCAUAUUCUUAUUUAAAUUAUCGAAGCCAUAAUUCACGCGAGUCUAUCAUGGCUCCUAAUCAAGAAGAACGCAUUAAAAUUUUAAAACUGCAACCCGUAGCGUUCAAGAUAGAAUUAGAAUCGUUUCAAGCGGUACUUGAUACCUAUAGUGAAGGAGCGUCAGCAACAAUCAUUCGGGUUUAUUUGGAAGUAUUAAAAUCAGAAUUUGCCGCAUUUAAAAAAGUCCAAAGCAGAUUGGACGAUAUAGACGAUGGUCAGUCAUAAUAUCCGCAUACGUGAAUUCUGCGAAUUCAAUCGAACUCCACGUCAAUCAUUCAUCGACCAGACGCGAAUUACGUGUAGUUUUUGUAAUAGUCUUCACGUGUUACGAAUUAGUGGCAAUGUUUGUACCGGAGGGAAUAAACAUUGUGAGAUAAAAAAAUCUUUGCCUCAAUUGUCUGUGUAGGACUCAUUCCGUUUAUGAAUGUCAAGCAAGCAGCUGCACGCAAUGCCAUAAACGGCACCAUUCUUUUCCGCAUUUGAAUACGAUUAAUUCAUCACAGCCAGCUCAAACACAUCUAAUAUGUCAUUCGUCCCAUAUAUCUUCAAAUGUUAUUUUGUCGACUUCUACCAUAAACAUCACCGAUCGGAACGGAGACGCACAACCGUGUAUAGACUUACGAAAUUCCUGCUCCGAGACACAUUUCCGACCGAAAAAAUGUAAAAGCGUCACGGUUUAAAUACGCAAAGAAUUGCCGUACUAUUACGCGGUUCCAAUCAAAUGACAUCGCAGAUCAAUCAAAUGAUUCGGGCGAAAAUCUAGUCACGCGCCAGUAAUUAUACGGCAGUCGUUAGCGUCCUGCUUUGCGACCAAGUUUUCAGGACAGAAAAAACAAAUAAAAACAAAAUCACAUAGAAGCUCCGCCCCCCCAACGGCUUAAACCCAAAAAUUAUAUUAAACACGAAAAAUGUAAAGCGCCGACACAUAUUAUAGCAUGGCUACGUCGUACCGUUGCGUAUCGGUACUUUUGCCUAAAACAUCACUACAAAAAUUCACCGUUUAUUGUGAAUACUAAAUGUAUUUAAAAUUGUGAUAAACAUCUUUAAAUAAACUAAAUAAAUAAUACGGCAGUCGUCACUAGUUUCGCUAGAAAAUGUUAAUCGCGACAAUUUAAAAAUAGCACGUGAUCCAACAUUUGAUCGAUGUCUGUCUGAUGUCGAUGGUCUCUUUGGAGAUCAUCUGUUUUGGGACUUGGUUCGCGUAGGAAAAAUUAACCUAGCGGACGAGGAAAUUCAAUUACAUAAUACAAAAGUAAGCUGGAUCAUCAUGAGCGAAACGGUAGGAAAUAGUCAAUCACGCAAAGCGAUCUGCAAUACAAUACUCAAGGCACUACUUGAUCAUAUUAAAACCUUCAGGAACAUAGAGGAACGCUCUUUGACGAGAAUUCUUUAUACAGAAGAACACGCGCGCAGAACACCCUACAUAGUACAUACCAUACGCGAUUCAACUGGCAGGCAAGUGUACAAUCAUGAAACUAUUUGUUAGACAAUCGCAUAAAUUGACACUUCCUCGCGCACCACUCUUAGGUGGACUAUAGGAAGCUACCGCUAAGUUACUCAAACACAUCGUGAUUCUCAUGGUAGGAAACACAUUAUUCGCAUACCAAGAAUUAUCCACUAACGUGAUAGAAAUUGAGGCGAGUUUGAAGUUCAGACCAUUGAUCCCAUUAUUCUCGGAUCCCAAUGACCUCAGUCCGUUGACACGUCAUUUCCUAAAACGUGACUCAUUAACAAGUACUCCAGAGUGCAAUCUUACAACAUUAAAAACAGGACGAUUGUCCGCGUGGCAAAAAAUAAAACCACCGAGACAACACUGGUGGAGCAUAUGGGAUAAAGAAUAUCUCAAUCAACAUCAGCAUGGCGCAACAAAAUCCAAGGAAAGCAUGAUGGUCAUAUCAAGGUUUAUACCACGUGUGUUUAUACCGUCGAGUGCUUAGGAUGCGAAUUAUUCUCUCGACGCAGUCCGAAUUGUAAACCUUAUGUAGUGUGGGAAAUUCCAACUUCCUAAAAAAUAGAUGUGCCGUCCGUACUGCAAACUGAAGAAUCCAAAAUCCUGAGCAAUGUGAUUUCUAAUUAUUUAUCUGUUCUUUAUUUUCUAUUCUUUCGUUCUUGAUCACUUGUUUUUUCAUCUUUGUUACCAUUAUAAUAUAAUAAAAAAUUAAUUAUGAAAUAUAUUUCAGAAGAAUUGAACUUUUCAUUUGUUA